AUGGAUGAUCGACAGGUACAAAUGACAGGAGUGACCAAACCGCUCUUCAAUCACAUCAUCUGUAAAUCCUGCUGCCUGACUUCAUUCGGCGUGCACGGUCUGCGCGCUCACGUCACGCAGCGGGCCAGGCACGCGCGGAGGCACGAGACUAGUCACUGCGGCGCGCGAGCCAAAGCGGCGACUGUGCGAGACGAGGCGGCCAAGUGGCGACAUUUUGGACUGUCUGGGACCAGACUGAAGCUGGGGAAAUUAAAGGUUGUGCGGCGGCAGCUGCUGCAAAGGUAUGAACACCAGCCCUUCGUUUCCUGUCUGGCUGGCCUUUAUGGUUGCCAAUGGAGACGAUAUCAGAGAGCUCGGGCCCAGCCGGGAGAGUGCUGCUGCAGCAAGGUGGAGUGUGGGAGCUUUGGCCUCCUGAUCCUCACCUUUUUUUUGUCUCUAGUGUUUCUUUAUUUCUGGAUUGAAGCUCAAAAUGACUACAAUGACUUUGACUGGUUCAACUUUGGCACUUUGGGCUUCUGGUUCCCCUGGUCUUUAGUCUUGCUGGUUGUGGCUGCUGCACUCUUCACAUACAUUGCACUAUUACUGGUGUUGGCUGUGUGUCUGUUGUCAGAGGGUCAAAGGUUAUACCUUCACUGGAGCCACAAGACUGGUAUCAUAGUGACGUUGGUGUUCUCUGCAAUUGCCACGGCCAUCUUGUCUGACCUCUGGAGCAAAGAAUGGACAACUCUCCUUCUUUCCCUGCAGGUUACAGCACCUGUCCUACAUGUAGCUGCAGUUUCACUGAUGGCCAUCAUCUCCUGGCCGAUAGCUUUGCACUUCUUCCGCAUGAACAACAGAGCGCGUCAGGUGGCAGUUCUGGGUGUCUACCUGUCCGGGCUUUUCUCCCUCUACCUGGUCCCUCUAGGAAUGUACUCUCCCUGCAUUAAAGACUCAGGAACGCUGGGAGCCGCCCCAAUGCUCAUUGGUCACCGAGGAGCACCGAUGAUGGCUCCAGAGAACACGCUGAUGUCUUUUGAGAAGGCGGUGGAAGCUGGAGGAGACGGACUAGAGACUGAUGUUACCAUCAGUUAUGACGGUGUUCCCUUCCUGAUGCAUGACUCUACUUUGAGGAGAACCACGAACAUUGCAGAGGUUUUCCCAAACCGAACGUACUUUGACGCCUCCAUGUUCACCUGGGCAGAGCUUCAGCAGCUGAAUGCCGGAGACUGGUUCUUAUCUAGGGACCCAUUUGGAACAGUGUCUUCUUUAACCGAGGUGGAUCGCAACCAAGCCAAGAACCAGUCCAUUCCCUCCCUGGCACAGUUUCUGCAGGUAGCAGCUCGAAGUGGCAGACAAGUGCUGUUUGACCUGCGCAGACCACCUUUUGGUCAUCCCUACUGUCAUUCAUACAUCAACAUCACACUGCAGGUGGUGCUGAACAACAUCAACUCAUCUCAGGUGCUGUGGCUUCCAUCUCAGGACAGGGAGCUUGUCCAGGCUGUGGACCCAGAGCUGCAGCAGACUUCUGGACAAAGAUGGUCCAUUCAGGAGCUGUUAGAUGGUCACAUUACUACUCUAAAUCUCCACUACAGCAGCAUGUCACAGGAGCAGAUCAGCAAAUACCGCUCUGUGAAUAUCAGCACUAACCUGUAUGUGAUCAGCCAGCCAUGGCUCUACACUCUGGCCUGGUGUGCUGGAGCUCAAUCUCUUACCACCAACUCCAUCCACAUCUUGUCCAACAUUGACAAGCCUCUCUUCCUCAUGACCCCUGAGGAAUAUACUCUGAUGUGGAUCCUAACUGAUGCUGUUUCUGCAAUACUCAUCAUCUCAAUUUUCAUUUUCCAUUGGUGGAGAGAGAGAGGCCUGCCCUUCCUGUCAGGUAGUCGUCAGACUCAUGAGAAUGGACCAUACAGCAAAUUUAGGACUGAGCUCAGCGAUGUCUGGUCCAUCUCUGGUGUCAACGUUCAGCCCGAACAGCACAGCACGCCCACUUUACACACUAACCCCCACCUGCCCACCAUCACAGAGGAGUGACAGAAAUGCACAUAAUAGUUAUCAUUAUGUUAUAUUUUUUUCAUUUUAACUGAAAUCUUAAGCACAGUGUAACUUAGCCAGAGAUGUUUCUGAUAUUUUGCCACCAAAAGUGUGGCGAUAUGCAGCAGUGUGGGCUUUUUUUUUUAAACACCUUUCACCUUUCAGAUGACUGCCUCCAUCUGCUGAGCCCAACAUCAUGCACUUAAAUACCAAGUGGGACGGUCCAAAGACUUCCGAGCUCAUUAAUCCCACAACUUUUUCCACACUAGCUGCUCUGAUACGCUUGAACUUUUUUAAUGGUGAGCUCAGCCACAAGACAAUGAUAUCUCACUUUUACAGUGGACGAAACCAAACAUUCACCAGCUGUCUCACAUGGACAAGUGAAAGUGAGACUCAGAGAGAGUCAAAGCUGAUGAUAUAAAGUGGAAUUGUGCUCCAGGAGAAGUUAAAACAGACAAGACCUUCUCAGUUGGACUUUUACUUUUCUUUUUCAGAUGUACAGGUGCCCAGAGAAUUUUAAUUAUUGUGUGAUUUGUUGAUGGCAGAUGGAUUGACUGACAGAAUGAAUGUACCACGAGGAUCUCAAAAAGGUAUCUCUGGUUGUGGACUUUGUAUUCAACUAAAUUUGUGGAGGCCAUAUUUGUAAAAAUGUAUUCUGAGGGUUGGUCUGACAUUUCAGUUUGCUGCUAGGCGAGUGCCAAAUGUUUGAGAAUGAAGUCCAACAUGCUUUUUCUGUUGUGAGAAUGAAGUCCAACAUGCUUUUUCUGUUGGCAGUGAACACAGCAUCUUCAGUGACAUUUAUUUUGUGUUGUCCCAACCUAAGUCAACCGUUAAACGUGUCCCAACCUUUCAUUGGAAUGACUUCUGUGAGAUGUUUAGGGAUGUGUCUGCAAGUGCUGGACAUGAAGAAGGAAGUGAGAAAGUAAGUGCAAUUACUUAAAGAUUCAAAACCAAUGGGUAAAGCGUACAAAGGCGGAGGUUAGUUUAUUGAAAUUAGCCACAGGGACCAGGAAUUUUAUUUCAGUAUUGAAAUUAGCCACAAGGAAACUUUAGACCGGGAAUUUUAUUUUAGUAUAAUAGUUUCUGUUAGGAAUACAUUUCUUAAUUUUAGCCACAAGAAACACCAAGUAGACCCAAGAGUUUAAUUUCAGUAUAACAGUUUUCGUUAGGAAUACAUUUCUCAGUUGUCUUUAUAGCCGGAAUGUUUUUCUUCCCGUUAAGGAAGAGCUAAAUACAGCGUAGAGAAGAUGCAUAAAAGCUUUACAUUCAGAGAUGUUUUGCCAUAUCCUGCUUAAAGAGAACAGCUCUCUUAAAUGUGUUAUAUUUAACAGUGUGGCUCAGUUGCUAGAGCAGCAGUCCAGAAACUCAAGGGUUUCUGCUACAAAUCCAGCUUCUGCCAUCCUAGUCACUGGCGUGUCCUGGGGCAAUACUCUUCACCCACCUUGCUCCCAGUGCCCCCCACACUGGUGUAUUAGUAUUUGGUGGUGGUCAGUCUACCCCUGGGCAGCAGUGGCUAAGAAAGCAGAUUACCACCAUCACUGUGAAUGUGGGCAGAAUGAAUGAUGGGUUCUCAGUGCAACACGCUUUUGAGUCACUAGAAAAAAGCACUAUAUAAAUCAAACCCAUUUAUUUAUUUUUCAGUGCAUAUUACAAACCCCAAAUUAUUUGACUGUAUUGAGCAAAAAUUAAAAAUUUGACCCAUUUUUGCUGUUUUGUUCAAAUGCUGAAUGAUGAUAUUGGUACAUUGUGAAAAAGUCUGAAUUCUAAAUUCUGAUUGUCUUUGUCAACUGUUAUUAAAACAAAAUGUGGUUGCUGGGAAAA